AUGAAUCAACACUCCUUAAUAACAGCAAUCCUUAGUUGUCAUGUAAUUACAAGAAAAAACAAUGCAAUUGAUUUUGGAUGCGGAAACGACUACCAUAGACGAUAUUCAAACGACGAGAACAUCACACCAGCACAAACAACUGUUAUUUCUGAUAAAGAUGAAGAAGUUUUCGAACAAGACAAAAUAAACAAUGAAACACGUAAACCUGAACCUAUUAAUAUAUCUAUUAAUGGAGAUUGCGAUAAUACUAAAUCGGAUGACAUCACGUCAAGUGCAUCUAAUAAAACCUUAACUGAGAUAUCAGACGCUUGCAUAAAAGAAAUAAAUAAAAGUAACGAAAAUGUAAAAUGUGAUAAAACUAUUAGCCAAUGUUAUGAAUUCGAAUCUCAGUCUGAAUUAAGUAGUCAAAAUUUAGAAGAGAAACUAGAAUGUCAAAGUAAGCCAGUUGAUUUAUUGCAUAAAGAUAUAAAUAAACUAGAAGUAAAUUUAGCAGAAACAGAGUCAAUAAAAGAAAAUGCUUGUUUUAUUGAUAAAGACGUAACUAAUGUUAAUGAGAAAGCUACUAAAAGUGACAUUGAGAAUGUAAAAAUUAAUAAUUCAGAAACAGAAGUUCCAAACAAUUCACAAAAUGUCGAUACGUUAGAAAAAUUUAAAGAACAAAAUGACGACAAUGUAUACAGUAUUGAACCAAACAAUAGCAAACAUGUGAAAUCCGUUUGUUCUACUCUUAAUACUAAGGAUUGCGAUUCUACUGCGGAACAAACACUUACUACCAAAGAUAUCGUAGCAUUAUCUGAAAAUAAUGAAGUACAUUCAAAGUUCACUACGGGAAUUAUUAGUGAAAAGAAUUUAAAGACUGCUUGUACUAAAAAUUGUAAUGACGCUGUUAAUGUUGCUGAAGCACAUCUGGAUGUGGAACAACCACGCAUUGUGCCAGUAAAUAACGUUGAUUUAAAUAAUGUUCAUCAAUCAGAAACUCAAUCAAUUGAGAAAAUAGGAGUUCAAGAAAAUGUAGAUGAGUUAAAGAAAAAUAAUGUGGUGGAAGGCGACAAGAAAAUAGAUGAAAAAAAGACAGAAGAGAAGAAAAAAUCAUCACUGAUAUGCAAGUUAUCCAAUACUUUAGAUAUACUUUCUGAUGAUGAAGAUGAGCAACCUGAGGUAUCACAGAGUAUUCCAAAACCUAAUAACAAUAACAAGCAGUGUAUAAGUGUUGAAGAUGAUGAUGAUAUUAUGUUAAUAGAUGAAGAUAUAUGCUCUAAAAAAGAUUCUGUUAGUAUUAAUUCUCACACAGGGAAAAUAUUGGAGCAAAAUGAUAAAAGUGUGUGUAAUGAAAAUAUAUGUCCAAAUGAAAAUGUUGCAACAGACAUGAAAAAUGAAUCAGCAACUGAGAAAACCGUACAAAAUUUGGAAAAAAAUAAUAUGUGCAAUAAAAACAAAGAUUUAAAUGAAAAUUUGAAUAUGAGAUCACUAUUGCCAUGCAAUUUUCUUAAAACUUGCAAAAAAAACUUAGCUGAUAUGACCAGAGAAGACUUGGAGGAAUUUUGUAUUCUAAAAAUUGUUGAAAGUGUUGUAGAUAGAAGUAGUUUAGGAGAUAUUAAGACCCAGCUUAAAACUAUGACACUUACUGUUGAAGAAUAUAAGAAGAAAGCUAUGAUGUUGGCUAAGCAAAAUAGAGAUCUGCAAGUGGUUUUAAAAUCAAUACAAGAAGAACAAAAAAAGGCACCAGGGUAUCCAAUAACACCUCUAAAAAUAACAAGAUCUGUUGGUAUGCAAGUAUUGAUGACUGAUAAACCCAUCGGCAAAAGAAAAGGCAUACAAGGAACAAAUUCGAAUUCUACAUCAAAUUGUUAUAUCGCUACAGAAAAAUUAACUCGCAAUACACUUCAGAAAUCUCAAAAGAAUACAAGUCAACAAAUUCCUGUUCCAAGAUUAGUACCAGCUGCAAACAAUACAGCAACUAAAUCAAACACUAUAACACAAACAAACACCACUACUCCUGGGAAACCGCAACAGACAAACAAUACAUUACCAAAAAGUGUAAGCAACUCCCCACCAACCCAGAAACCUGAAAAAAGACCUAGGCAGCUAUCGGUAACUGUAGAUUUAACUGAUGAUGAACCCCCUACAAAGAUGGCUUCAAGGAGCUCUCCUGCUCCACCUGUUAGAUUAGUACCACCACAAAAUCUAAUGCCACCUCAACGUCCACAAUUUGGGCCAAUUAUGAGCAGUCCUCGGAAAGUUUAUAUUCCUAUCAGUGGUCCACAAGCACAGAAUGUCAGACCAGGUCAGACAAUUAUGUUAAAAACUGUACCACCUAAUUCAGGUCCAAGGCAAAGAGUUCCUCCUACAAAUAGUUUGGGUAAAAUACAAUCAAAUACAAUACGAAUGAACAGAGUGCAGUCUAGACACCCAGCACCCCUUCCCGAUGCUAUGAAACAAUAUCAACCUCCUAAUUGGAAGGCUUUGCCACCACCGCCGGACUUGAAACUAUCAAAAGUGGAAAACGGAAUUGUUAUUUCGUGGAAAAUAGAUGGCUAUCAAGAUGAUAGUUAUGAGGAGAUAGCAAGUUAUCAAUUGUAUGCAUAUCAAGAAACAACUUCACCGCCUAGUACUGCAUUAUGGAAGAAAAUUGGUGACGUAAAAGCUUUACCUUUACCCAUGGCAUGCACACUUACUCAAUUUAUGGCGGGAUAUAAGUAUUAUUUUGCAGUGAGAGCCGUUGAUGUUAAAUCUCGACUUGGACCAUUUAGUUUACCUGGAAGUAUACUUCUUCUUAAUAAAAUGUAA